CAAUGGAUGGCAGCUGUCUUUUCCCCUCUCGCCCUGUCACUCUAGUUCCUUGUGGCUCUGGGACAGCAAACGUUUUGCACGUCGAAACCCGGGAACGGUUGAAACGCUCUCUUACCUUCACGAGUCUCUAAAAAGUGGAAUGUUGGGCAGGGCAAUGAGAGAGCUGAGUUUGGGGGGGGACUGACUGAUGCUUUUGGAAGGAUUACAUCGGCAGCUCGUGUGAACUUUUAUCCUUGAAGUAUGACCGAAAAAGAGAUCCUUGAGCCACCUGCAUCACCCAUGUCUGAAGGCGGGAAAGGGCUGCAGAGGCUAAAGCAACUUUUCCAACGCAAGCCCAAGGAGGAGCCCAUCCAAGAGGAACUCCAGGCCAACGGGGAGCUGGUCACCUCCACAGGGGGGCCCAUCUAUUACUACGAGGAGGAGGAGGAGGAGGAAGAGGAGGAGCCUGAGCCACCACCGGAACCAGAAAGACCCGUCAACGACAAACCUCACAAGUUCAAGGAUCAUUACUUCAAAAAGCCCAAGUUUUGCGAUGUCUGCGCCCGCAUGAUUGUCCUCAACAACAAGUAUGGCCUAAGAUGUAAGAACUGCAAAACCCACAUCCAUCAUCUGUGCCAGGGCUAUGUGGAAUUUCAGCGCUGCUUUGGCAAGAUUCCUCCAGGUUUCCGUCGUGCUUACAGCUCUCCAUUGUAUAGUGCCCAGCAACAAGCCAACCGAGGCGAUCCUGUGUUUGAGACGCUGCGAACGGGUGUUGUCAUGGCAAAUAAGGAGCGCAAGAAAGGACAGGAGGAGAAGAAGAAUCCAUUGGCUGCCAUGAUGGAGGAGGAAACGGAGCCGCCUAAGAUCGAGGGCGGCAAACAAGAAGAAGGAAAUCCAGAAGGAGAAAAGAAAGCUGAGAAGAACGCCCCAGACGAUAAGAAUAAGAAACAGCAGUCUGGAUUUCCGCAGUCCCACUAUUUCAUUGCACUUUAUCGUUUCAAAGCCUUGGAGAAGGAUGACCUGGAUUUCCACCCUGGGGACAAAAUCGCUAUUGUUGAUGACUCUAAUGAAGAAUGGUGGCGGGGCAAGAUUGGGGAGAAGAUUGGCUUCUUUCCACCCAAUUUCAUCAUACGUGUACGGGCAGGAGAACGAGUGCACAAGGUGAUGCGGUCCUUCGUAGGCAACAGGGAGAUUGGGCAGAUCACGUUAAAAAAGGAUCAGAUUGUGGUUCAGAAAGGCGAGGAGCUGAAUGGGUACGUGAAAGUCUACACUGGCCGCAAGGUGGGGCUCUUCCCCAUCGACUUCCUGCAAGAGAUUUGAGGCCCGACUUUGGCAUUUCCAGUGGUUCCCUAGCCUGGGCCAGAGAGGGCCAGGUUGUUUCCUUGGGGAGGGAGAUUCCCAGCUUCCAAGGACUGUCGGCAAUGGAGUUGGGUUCUGAGAGAGCCUGUAGCUCAAGAGUAACGAUAUCCUGCCAAGGCCUUCAUCUCCGAGUCUAGCAUUCAAGGCGAGAAGUGUUGUGAUACUGUCUCGAAGGUCUCUGCGCUCUCCUACGUGCUCUUUGGACUCUGUGGUUUAGUGGUGGCAGAUCCCAGAAUGGGGUUAGCCGUUACCCUCGAUGAUGCUGCCAUGGAGGUUGCUGGGAUGUGGCCCGAACUGUUCUGCUUCCUGUCUGCAGAGGAAGUGGAUAGAUGAUCAUUCAUGUCGACUGCCAGACUCCAUAAGUAGGGUUGCCAGCUCCAGGUUGGGAAAUACCUGGAGAUUCGGGGAGGGUGGCACCUGAGGAGGGCGGGGUUUGGGGGGGGAGGGACUUCAGUGGGCUCUCAUGCCAUAACGUCCACCAUCCCAAGCAGCCAUUUUCUCCAGGGAAACUGAUCUCUGUCGCCCGGAGGUCAGCUGUAGCCCAAGGGGAUCUCCAGCCACCACCUGGAAGUUGGCAACCCUACUCCACAAAUGGCAUUUGCUGCUGUCUCCUGCGAGUGUCACCAAGCUUGUGUGGUUGUGUGUGUGUGUUUAUUUAUUUGGCGACAAACGGCUGUCUCUUUGCUGGCGGGGGGCGGUCCUGGCUUCUGGUGUUACUUGGCAUUGCUUGGAUCUUGUUAUGUUUUGCUUGCUUAUCCCCUGGUGGCCUGCCCACCUUGACAUGAAGCAGCAGGAUUUUGGACUGGUGUCCAAUGAGAAGGCCUGACUGCUUGGGAAAAGUGUGGGGCAGUUCCCCCCCUUACCCUCUCGCUUAGUUUUUCUACUGUUUUGAAAGGAACUCUUAUUAGGUCUUCUCCUUUAGAUGACCUUCUGACCUCAGUCAUGAGGAAUAUUUGAUGUAUUAGACUCCCCUUCUUUUUUGCAACAUGUGUGCACAUACAUUUCUCUGUACGCAAUGACUGUGAUGGCUUUCUUUGUUGAUGUGAACUGGGGGGGGAGUAAAUUUUGCAUCACUGGUGGGUUGCCCCACAAGGAAAUGGGAGUUUGGAGGUAUGGAAAACAAAUGCUCACUGUUCUUGUGACGUUGAGACACUUUGAGAUGGUUUGGGAGGGCCCGGAGUCUAUGCUGAGCUGAGACCGUUGGAUAGUACACAGAUGAGGCAAUCAGUGAUGCACCAGAGACCUGCCACUCCACACUUCUGAUGUUAUUAUUGAAGUAGCCAUUGGUACAUCAACCCUAUGGAAAGAUGUGUAAGCUACACAUGAACUUGUGAAUUUUGGAUGGGAGAAACCAUGAAGAAGAAGAAGAUGAUGAUGAAGAAGCAGAGAUUGGAUUUACAC